AUGUCAAGAGAAAAUGAGGAUCUCAGGUCACACAAGACCAGAAUCGAAAAUAUUCAAAAGGAACUAGAGCGUAUGUGGAAGGAAUUUAAGGAUUUGCAGAUGGAUAUUCUCAUGUUGCAACUCGAAAAUGGUGAACGUAGCAUUGCUGACCUUUCUCAAACCGAGGUGUAUGAUUUAAUAUCAUAUAAAGAUAUAGGUACGCUACAGCAAUAUCUUGAUGCAAGUGUCACCAACGAGCCAAUUCUUGGGGAUGAUCAUGAUAUCACAAAGGCUUCAGAUGACGUUGCACCUGAGGGAAGAGGAAACAUGAAACCAUCUGAUAACGUGGAUGAUGAGAUGAAGAAGCCCUAUCAAGGAGAGAGCAGCAAGUCUGGUGGUGUGGACAAUGAUGCCUAA